UAGCCUUCUCCUAGUUUGGUUCACCAACAUACUUUUUCUCUUAGUUUUUUUUUUGGUUUUCAUCUAAAUUAUCUUCAAAAUUAUGCAUGUUUAAAGGCAAGAACCAAUAAGGACCUUGAGAAUGGCUGCCAACCGGUGCUACUGCCCAGUCAGCCAUGUCAUCUUUGACUGCGACGGAACCUUGAUGGACACUGAAGGACUGUAUCUUAAUGUCGUGGGUGACACACUGGCUCCGUACGGAAUAACAUACACUCCGGAGGACCAAGCUCGUUACAUGGGAAGACCUUCGAAUCUGCUGGCCGAAUCCCUUGUAAGAGACUAUAAUCUGCCGAUUUCGACCGAAGAUUACAUCGAGGCUUUCAACCAAAAAGACCAUCAGUACAUGACAAAUGUUUCGCUAUUGCCCGGGGUUAAGGAUUUGAUUCUUCACUUGCACUCAUUCCGAAUACCCAUGGCCAUUGCUACGAGUUCUUCCAAGGAGAUCAUGGACGUAAAGUUCGAAACACACAAGGACAUAAAAAUGGCCUUCCAUCACAUAGUGUGUGGCAAUGAUCCGGACAUGUGUCCGGGCAGGGGAAAGCCGGCACCCGAUAUCUACCUUUUGGCAGCCUCUCGAUUCUCGCCACCUCCAGAUCCCAGGCACUGCCUGGUGUUCGAGGACUCUCCCACCGGCCUUAAAGCCGGACGAGCUGCCGGCAUGCAAGUUGUCUUUAUACCCGAAAAUGCCACCACCCGAGCGAUGGGAGAAGACCCCACAAUGGUGCUUGGUUCAAUGUCUGAGUUCGAACCCGAACUCUUUGGACUGCCUGCCUACGACAGCAUGUCUUAUUUUCAAUUUGGCUAACUAUAAUUUCAGGAUUUCAAUAAUUUUUAAACAUUGUUAAAAUAGAAUUUUAUAUAAACCUUAAGAUAACCUCUUGAA